CCCACUAGGGUUUCUCCCCUUCGUGGUGUCUGCCCGCCUCCUUCGGACUCCACCUCCGAGCUCUCGUCUCCGGCGGCAGAACCAGCAGCGGCAAGAUGGUGAAGGGGCGCACGGGGCAGCGCGUGAGGCUCUACGUCCGGGGUACCAUCCUCGGAUACAAGAGGUCGAAGUCGAACCAGUACGAGAACACGUCGCUGGUGCAGAUCGAGGGGGUGAACACCAAGGAGGACGUGGCGUGGUACUGCGGCAAGCGGAUGGCCUACAUCUACAAGGCCAAGACCAAGAGCAGCGGCACGCACUACCGCUGCAUCUGGGGCAAGGUCACCCGCCCACACGGCAACUCCGGUAUCGUCCGCGCCAAGUUCAAGUCCAACCUGCCGCCGGAAUCCAUGGGGCGCAAGGUCAGAGUCUUCAUGUACCCAAGCAGCAUCUAAAGAUAAUUUCAAGGUGUGGAGGAUCGUGCUUAUCUGCUAGAUUUUAUUUUGAGCUAUAAAAAUCCUUGUAAGGUGUGGUUUCAGGUCAAGAGGUAGCAAGUUGGACUGUUUCUUUCAGAACCCGUAGAAGUUAUCCUUAGUUUUGAUGUUGCAGACCAUUUAAAUCAUUAAAUGGAGUUGGAGUUAGAACAAAAUGUGUAAUCUGCCAUUUUAUUUUUGUACCUUUUGUGUUUACCAUUUUAUAUACCCAUACCGCUCUCUGAUUCCUGAAUCAGAGAUGUUUUCCUUUUGUUA